AUGCUUUGCGAAAUCUGCGUAUGGAUGUUGCGAGGGCGUCGUGGGCAGAUUUUUGGGGGCACACUAGGCCUUCAUUUCGUCCAUCAUGAUUCGGCAGAGUCUUUCUGGACAUCUGUCUCUAGAGACUGCUCAAUCUGUCGCGUUCUGGGAGACGAACUCGGGGCCAGCUUCUUCCCAGCACUGCAGGGGACAUACUUGACCCGCGACCGGGCCUUUCUGGAUCUACGCAGUCAAGCACAUUUGUCUGUGGUGAAUCCAGCAUCUGACGACUCUGACCCUGUCUUCGUGUACCGCCUCGACUUCACGGUGGAAUGGGCCGGAAUCAAGUUCAGCCGGACUUUUGUACUCAGGCCAACGGCCGAGUUGAAGAAGAUGGGCACAAUUGACUUAGAGGAGUGGAAAUACCACGGGGCCCCGGGACUGACCGAGCUGCAAAACACGACUGUCAACCUGGUCGAAACAAAAGAUCUGGACGAAUUGAAACUGGAAGGCAAGACCUACGUGACACUCAGUCACAAAUGGGGUGCCACAGAUAAGCCGGCCACACUGACGAAGGAGUCAUAUGAGACAUACCGACAAGGUGUGAAAUUUGGAAGCCUGCCUAAAACUUUUCAAGACGCCAUCCGCUUCGCCCUUCGGGUGGAUGAUAGCGUUCAUUACAUCUGGAUCGACUCAUUGUGCAUAAUUCAGGGCGACCCUGGUGAUUGGCUCAAAGAAUCAGCCCUCAUGCAGAAAGUCUACCGCAAUUCAUUCCUGAAUAUCUCAGCGACAGCCGCGGAAAACAGUGGUGAUGGUCUGUACUCAGAAAGGUACCCACAGCACUUGUGGGAAGAUGUGGUAAGCCUGGAUGUUGAUGGCCUUCAUAAAGGCACGCACCUUCCACUCCGGACUCAGUCAGGCUUCUCACCCAACCCUGCCGUCACAAGGAGCGCGCCAUUGGAUAUGGAGUUCACUCAUUUGGCCAAAGUAAGAAGCUGUCUGCUGUUGGACGUUUCGAACUGGGAAAAAUUGGUGAACCAGGCCCCGGUUAACAAGCGAGGCUGGGUUGUCCAGGAACGACUAUUGGCACCUAGAGUGUUGCACUUCUGUCGGGGCCGCAUUGCCUGGGAAUGCGCCGAGUUUGAUGAAAUUGAGGGACACUAUCCAAACAUACCGAACUACCAACUCGUUGGUGACGAGAUCUACGAAGGCAUCCCCAUCAAGGGAUUGGAGCCACAAAAACAUGGCCAAAAGCUCAGAAGAAAUAGGCUUCGCGGAGAAGACGAUCCUCUCUUGGAUAACACGGACAAGGUCUCUCCAAUAGUUCACUCACUUGAGUUGUGGGCUCGCAUCGUCGAGAUGUAUUCCAGGACUGACUUGACCCAAAAGAAGGACAAACUCAUUGCUCUGUCGGGAAUAGCUCAUAGGAUGGCCACCAUCAUCGAGACAUCGCGGAAAGUCAAGUAUGUAGCGGGACUGUGGGACGCGGACGAGCACCUUGUCAGUCAGCUCUUGUGGCAUGUCGAACCAGUUUGUCGUGGUGAUACCGAGUCUGGAGGCAGCACACUUGAGUAUCCGUCGAGGCGUCCAAAAGAAUACAGGGCGCCAAGCUUUUCUUGGGCAUCAAUAGACGCCCAGUAUGGGAACGGAAUUACUUGUGGCGAUGUUCUCAAUCCUGAAGGAAUUCUCGUCAAAGUCCCGCAGGACGACGCCAUUACCGAUUCCGAGAUGGACACAAAUGUCUGGAGAAAGAGCGUGUUUGUGCGGUGCAAGACGGAGAACGAGUUCGGUCUUGUCACAGGAGGGCACAUCCGGCUGGAGGCCUACUUGUACCCGGUGAAGCUAGAACGGGAGGGAACGCACUAUUACUGGUCCCUGGGUGUCGGCAAUAGCGCGAGCGACGAGGUCAGAAAAGAAAGGCACUACAAUGUUUGCCUUGACUGCCCAGGCGAUGACGACCAACACAGCCGACUCACCAAGUCCGAGGAGAUCCACUGCAUGCCGGUGGCGGUGAGGUUGUCGAGGAAGUCCACUGAUCUCACGCAUCGGCUUUUCAAAGCUGUCACUUACAUUUGA